AGGGGGCGGGGCUCCCAUUUCGGCCUCGGGAGGACUUUUGAAAAGCUCCCGCAGCCGCCGCCGAGCAGAGGAGCGGCUGGCGGGCGCCCUGCCUUCGGGUCGCGGGACUCCCGGGGGGGGGACCUCGGACACACACACCGGCCGACGAUCUUUGGUUGAAGAGGAAGAGCCUCACAUGAAAGUCACUCUGGGGAGCAGCGAUAUGGGCUUGUCUGCUCACCUGCAGGCGUCAAAGGCAGGAACCACCCGAUUCUUCACCAGCAACACUCACAGUUCUGUGGUCCUCCAGGGUUUUGACCAGCUGCGCGUAGAAGGGUUACUGUGUGACGUGACCUUAGUGCCAGGAGAUGGUGACGAAGUGUUCCCUGUGCACAGGGCAAUGAUGGCGUCCGCUAGCGAUUACUUCAAGGCUAUGUUCACAGGCGGGAUGAAAGAGCAAGACUUAAUGUGCAUCAAGCUGCACGGCGUGAACAAAAUAGGUUUGAAGAAGAUCAUCGAUUUUAUUUAUACGGCGAAACUUUCCCUCAACAUGGACAACCUGCAGGACACCCUCGAAGCGGCCAGUUUUUUGCAGAUCUUGCCCGUGCUGGACUUCUGCAAAGUGUUUCUUAUAUCCGGGGUGUCCUUGGAGAACUGCGUUGAGGUGGGGCGAAUUGCCAACACGUACAACCUCACCGAAGUGGAUAAAUAUGUGAACAAUUUCAUCCUCAAGAACUUCCCAGCCCUGCUGAGUACGGGGGAGUUUGUGAAGCUCCCCUUCGAGCGCCUUGCCUUCGUCCUCUCCAGUAAUAGCCUUAAGCACUGCACCGAACUGGAACUCUUCAAGGCCGCCUGCCGGUGGCUGCGGUACGAGGAGCCGCGCAUGGAGUGCGCUGCGAAGCUGAUGAAAAACAUCCGUUUCCCUCUGAUGACGCCCCAGGAUCUCAUCAACUACGUCCAGACCGUGGAUUUCAUGCGGACUGAUAACACUUGCGUCAAUUUGCUCUUGGAAGCCAGUAACUAUCAAAUGAUGCCCUACAUGCAGCCGGUGAUGCAGUCGGAGAGGACGGCCAUCCGUUCGGACAGCACCCACCUGGUGACCUUGGGAGGGGUCCUCCGGCAGCAGCUGGUCGUGAGUAAGGAACUGCGGAUGUACGACGAGAAGGCGCACGAGUGGAGGUCCCUGGCCCCCAUGGACGCCCCCCGAUACCAGCAUGGCAUCGCGGUGAUCGGGAACUUCCUCUACGUGGUUGGCGGGCAGAGCAACUACGACACGAAAGGGAAGACCGCUGUGGACACAGUCUUCAGGUUCGACCCUCGCUACAAUAAGUGGAUGCAGGUGGCUUCCUUAAAUGAAAAACGGACCUUCUUCCACCUAAGUGCCCUCAAAGGACAUCUGUAUGCCGUCGGUGGUCGCAAUGCAGCCGGAGAAUUAGCUACGGUGGAGUGUUACAAUCCCAGGAUGAACGAAUGGAGCUACGUGGCGAAGAUGAACGAACCCCAUUAUGGCCACGCGGGGACUGUCUAUGGGGGCCUGAUGUACAUCUCAGGUGGCAUCACCCACGACACUUUCCAGAAGGAGCUCAUGUGCUUUGACCCCGACACGGACAAAUGGACACAGAAGGCCCCCAUGACCACGGUGAGGGGCCUCCACUGCAUGUGCACGGUGGGCGAUAAGCUCUACGUCAUCGGGGGCAACCAUUUCCGGGGCACCAGCGAUUACGACGACGUGCUCAGCUGCGAAUAUUACUCCCCGACCCUGGACCAGUGGACUCCCAUCGCAGCCAUGCUGCGUGGCCAAAGUGACGUCGGGGUGGCUGUCUUCGAGAAUAAGAUCUACGUGGUGGGGGGCUACUCGUGGAACAACCGUUGUAUGGUGGAGAUCGUUCAAAAGUACGACCCGGAGAAGGACGAGUGGCACAAGGUCUUUGACCUGCCAGAGUCCCUGGGGGGCAUCCGGGCCUGCACCCUGACAGUCUUCCCCCCCGAGGACAAUCUAGCGUCGCCUUCACGGGAGUCGCCUCUUUCGGCGCCUUGAGAACGGUCCCGGAGGGGCCCCCGCGGGGACCCUUGCUCUCCUGCUGCACCGCGCCAUGGGUCCUCUCCUCGUCUUCAGCAGCUUCUAUAGGGCUUCUUGCCCUGAAGCUGUAGGCAAAUCACAGGUGGGGUGGGGUUGGGUUGGGGGGGGCCUCCGAGGAAAGACGUGAUUGUCCACGGGGUGUUUGGUCUGGGGAGUUUCUGGCGGUGGGCCUGGAAAAUGCUGGACCUCCAAAGGCUCAACAAAGGAGGAGGAGGAAACAGCAGCGGCUCCUGUCGGUUUUCCACUCGCGGGAGAGGGAAGGAAGAAGAUGGGCUGAAUGGCACCUACCAGAGCCCCUUGGCCAAGCCUGGAGGAGAGCUUCCUCAUGGGUGGGGAGAGGACCCCCCCCCUUCUCUGUCUCUAGCCCCAGCCGCCUCCCCCUCCCCCUCUGAAUGAAUGGAGCGUUUUAGACUUCAUGCCCGGGACUCUGCGUGAAAAGGCCCUGCAGGAGUUUGGAAGCCGUGAAGGAGGGAAGGGCACCUGAGGUGACCUUGGAUCUGUACAUCGGGGGGUGGGGAGGCUUCCCCUCCCCUGCUGCCCCCCCAAUUAAAAAGAAUGAAGCAUUGACUGAGGGUUUUUGUUCUUUUUCUCUUUGCCUUCUGUCUCCUUCUCCCCGUCGCUCGGGUGAUUCGUGGCCUGGCAACUCCGUGAGGUCCCUGCACUGGAUUUCCCGAGAGACAAGGGCUAGAACUCUCUCUGAAUUAAGCCACUCCGCGUUUGACCAGAGUGUUUCCUCCGGAUGAAAACGCGCCUGUGGGCCUUGCCCCCCCUCCCUCUACUCUCCGGCCCCACGGGGGGCUCCUUUGCCUCUGACCACACACACCGCCCUCCCCGUAUCAAAUCUCAGUUCAGACGGUUAUUCAGCACAAACACAGCUUGGGACAGAGCUGCUUUUUUUUUGCUCAGAGAAUUCAGCCUCUGCCCUGUUUCCUUUUGUUCAAUAAAAUCUUUAACUGCAA